AUGAAGAUUGAAGUCAAGGCUCAGUUUGGGACAUGGAGGAGCAUUGACCCACAAGUAAGGAAAUCUAUCAGCUUCACCAGUUCUGUCAAAGGAAUUCAAUCAAAAGGAUAUGCUGGUGCAUACCAAAGCAGAAUGGCUAUGUCGAGGACUAUGACUGUGGUACCUGAAGUGAAAGUAGACAAAAUGACUGUGUCCUCUACCAAGACACCCCUGCAAGUGUUUGAUAUAAAUGGAGUGGAUGUUACUCCUAGACCUCUUUAUCAACCAGACCCACUCACUGGCACAGCAAAGCCAAAUAAACUGCUGACAUCACAAGACGGAUCACUUGGAUCAGAUCUGAAAUCUUCGUAUACCUUGUAUCAGAAUACCAUAAUGAAUCCCACUUUAUUAGGACAGUACACAAGGUCAGCUUUAGGAAGCAGUACUGUUUCUAGGUCAAGUAUAUCAACAACUGAAUCAAUAGCUGAAGACCUAGAAGAACCAUCCUACAGACGAGAAAGAUUGGUUAGUUAUACAGAUUUACGAGUUGUAAGAACGACAACUGAAAAAGUUUUAACAAAAGAAGAUUUGGAAAAGAACAUAGAGAUAAUACUCACAGAGUCAGAAACACUGAGGUUUUUUGACCUGCCAACAGUCCUGGUCUCUGUAGAAUCUGAUGAAGCGGAGAAAGUAAACCAGAGAAACAUAAAGUAUGAAAUCCUUUGUAAAAAUAGAGCCGGCAAUGACUUAUAUGUUGAAAGGAUGAUGCAGACUAUCAAUGGGGCUCCAAAGACGAAAGAAGUUCAAUGUGACAAAAUCUUAAUGGAGGACAAAGGUAUAAUGUCCACUACUUGGGAUUUGUAUGAUUCCUACAACGCGAUGGAGCUUGCGUCUUCCUCAGUGAUGGGAUCGUGUAAAGGAAAAACACCAUGUAAAGAAUGGGAACAAAAAGUGCCAGGGGCUAGUACUGAAAAAAAUAGUGAAGCGAGUUCCCUGAUGGAUAUUGAAAAUGUAAUUCUUGCUAAAGUCCAUGAUGAUGAGGAAGACCACUCAGAUGCAAUAUUGAAAUCUGAUAAGUUUCUUCAGGACUUGUUUUUUAUGGAACGUGUUUUAAUGGAAAAUGUAUUUCAGCCCAAACUGGCAGCUUAUCGGCAGCUUCCCGUUUAUAAAGAACCUGAACCUGAAGAGCCUGAAGACAGUUUAGAAGGCAAAACACUUGAAACGGUAGAGGAAGAAGUUAAGAAGGAGGAGGAGGAUGAAAUUGAAGUGGAUGCACAAGAAUCAACAAUACCGGCCAAUUUGGAAAGACUUUGGUCAUUUUCCUGUGACUUAACAAAAGGCCUAAAUGUGAGCAGCCUAGCCUGGAAUAAAGCAAAUCCAGACAUUUUGGCUGUGGGCUAUGGGCACUUUGGAUUUAAAGAACAAAAAAGAGGAUUGGCUUGCUGCUGGUCUCUAAAGAAUCCCAUGUGGCCAGAACGUAUUUAUCAGAAUGUACAUGGAGUUACCGCUCUGGAUUUUUCUAUUGGAUCACCCAACCUUUUGGCCGUUGGCUAUUACAAUGGCAUGGUUGCAAUUUAUAAUGUACAGAGCAACAGUACCGUUCCAGUUCUGGAUAGUAGUGAAUCUCCUCAAAAGCAUUUGGGACCUAUAUGGCAAAUUCAGUGGAUAGAACAAGAUCGAGGCACAACAGGUGAUGACAAAAGAGAAAUAUUAGUUUCAAUAUCAGCAGAUGGAAGAAUCUCCAAAUGGGUUAUACGCAAAGGACUGGAUUGCCAUGAUUUGAUGAAAUUGAGGCGAACUACUGCUAGCAGCAACAAAAAAGGGGAAAAGGAAAAGAAAGGUGAAGCUUUGAUAUCUCGACAGGCUCCUGGACUGUGUUUUGCUUUUCACCCCAAGGACACAAAUAUUUAUUUGGCUGGCACUGAAGAAGGUCAUAUUCACAAAUGUUCUUGUUCAUAUAAUGAACAAUAUCUUGAUACCUACAGAGGCCAUAAGGGCCCAGUGUAUAAAGUAGCAUGGAAUCCAUUUUGUCAUGAUGUAUUCUUAAGUUGUUCUGCAGAUUGGGGUGUUAUUAUAUGGCAACAGGACAGCACCAAGCCAUUUUUGACAUGUUACCCAACUACUUAUGUGGUUUAUGAUAUUGCCUGGUCUCCAAAAUCCGCCUAUAUAUUUGCAGCUGCCAAUGAGACCAGGGUGGAAAUUUGGGACCUUCACUUCAGCACUUUGGACCCUCUGAUAGUGAAUUUUGCUAACCCUGGGAUCAAGUUCACAACUGUUAUCUUUGCCAAACAAACAGAUUGCCUCCUAGUAGGAGACAGUGAUGGUCAGGUGGUUGUAUAUGAACUGCGGAAUAUGCCCACUGUCUUGGAUUCUGGACGGGGCGAUAUCAUAUGCAGUUUGCUUGGACCCAAGUUAAACCAGUCAGGAUAAUUCAUCAUUUCUCUAUCUUGGUGAUGGUUUUUGAAAGAAAAGAGAACAGUGUUUAAUAAUCAGUUUGU